CGUUUAAUGAUCUUCAGUUAGUCUUCGAACUUUUACCGGACCAGUCGUGUCUGUGGCUUCCACCUGCAGCUCCCAGUUCCUCAGCGCGCCUCAAACGUUAACGGAAUUUUAAACAGAUCCGAAAAAAGAAACAGAAACUGCAUCAUUUGCAUAAAGCAAAUAGAAAACGAUUCGAAACGAAAAUAACUCUGGCAAAAGUUGAAUUGGAUUUUGAUUUUGUGUUUCGUUUGGUUGUCUUGUCGUUUCCCUGUCGCAUAUCAGACAGACAUUUCUCGCGCGCCCUUCCAUCGUGUUUGUUUUAUAAGAAAAUAGUGCAACGAUAUUGGAUUGAUCCAACAUAAAAUAUAUUGGACUCGGUGUUUCGGUGAAUCAUGCGAGUCUCAUUGGCACUGUGGGGCACUCUGUGCCUGUGGGUGGUCACGGCGAAUGCACAGGGAUUUAUUCCGCCACCCAAUGCGGGGCUUCAUAAUGCGCCGCCCUUUCACAACUCGCAUCGCCGCCAGCUGAAUCUGCAGCAGUACAAUCAGCAAAACUUUGUCCAGGCGGGCGUCGAGUUGCCCAUUCCCCACCGCCAGCAGCAGCAGCAGCAGCAGCAACACACCCAUCUGCACCACCAGGCACCGCAGCAGCAUCGUUUCGGCCAGUUCCCACAGCAGCAGCACCAGCAGCAGCAGCCACCGUCCCCCACCCAGCAGCAGCCCCAUGGCAAUCAACAGUUCCAACGGUCCACUCAAAGCCAACUGCAAACGGCUCCUCAAUUCCCUCAGCAGCAGCAGCAGCAACAGCAACAGACGCAGCAGCAGCUUCCCUCGGCUUCCAGCAAUCUGGAUCUGCAUCAUCAGAACUUCUUGGACUUGCGUAACUACGCUGGUUCCCAGCAGCAACAGCACCCCCAUCAACAGCAGCAACAGCAACACCAACAACAACAACAGUUGCCCCAACGCCACAAGCAAUUUGAUUCCCGCUUGCAGUCCACAGCCUUUCCACCACAGCCCUCGAGGGAGACCUACCAGCAACAGCAGUUGCAGCAACAGCAAACCCAACAGCAGUUUGCCUUCCAGCAGCCCCAGCAGUUCGGAUCCCAAGUUCUGCCUCAGACCACACAGAAGCUGCCCAGCCAGGCGCCCGUCCCCACCUUCCAGACCAUUCCACAACAAGCUGGCCAGUUCAACUAUCAGCAACAGCCAGCCCUGCCGCAGUACCAGUUGACACCCCAGCUGGGUCUGCCUGUACCACCUCUCUUCAGCACCUUGCAAUCCACACCCUUCCCAGCGCAGCCCACGAGAGAAGCCUUCCAACAGCAGCCGCAGCAGCAGCAGCAGCAGCCCCAAGGUCAGCAAUUCCAGCACCAAUUUGUGAAUGCUCCCGCUCAGCCCCAGCCAGCAGAUCAGGAGUACAAGCAAAAGCUCAUCCAGAAGCACGAGCAGUUUGUGGCCAAGCAGUACGAGAAGUCGCAGCACAAGGUGCGCCAACAGCAUGAGGACUUCCUCAACAAGCAGCACCAGAUCAAGCAGCACAUCCUGCCGACGAUCAUCACCCAGCAUAACGGCAACUAUCAGCACUCGCCCUAUGGCGGCGGACCGCCACGUGGACGUCCGGUGGCCCAUCCCACCGAUUACAACCAGUUCAGCAGCGCCCUCCAGCAGUACUACAAGGAGCAUCCAACCACGACAACGACCACGACAACGACAACAACCACCGAGGCCACCACCACGCCCAAGAAGAACAUCUACGCCCAGGUCAAGUCGGAGCUCGGAAAGUUUCCCAGCCAGAAGGGAACUGCCAAGAAGCCAGUCAAGACCUUUGCCCGGGAUGAUCUGUUGAAGCAGCUGAAGGCAGCCCUCUCAGAGGCCCCGCAGCAACCCCUGACCGGCAAUAAUACCUACGACGAAAUGGAUCUUUUGCUGCCCAACGGCCAGAGAGUCCAGGUGAUCCGCACCACGGACCCCAACCUCGUGCAGGGCCAGAAAGCAUAUUCCCAGGAGCAGCUGCAGACUCUGCUGGCCCAACAGGCGCUCGGAUCUGAGGCCAAGCUGAGCCUCAGCGAUGUGGCGCCCAGCAAGAGUAAGGAUCUGGAACUGCCCGGUGGUGGUAAGGUGCAAAUCCUGCGUUCUCCAGAUCCCCAGGAGUCCGACACCCUCCCAACCGGAUCGCUGCCCGGAGGUGUGGAUCUGUCCAGUCUGGCAGCUCUAUAUGGUGGUGGUGCCGGGGACAUACAGGGAAUUAGCAGUGGAGCCAACAGCAUCGCCAGCUCGGCCGUUAUCACUUCAGAUUCGGAUGAGCCACCCUCCUUGGCGGAGCUGGCCCAGCGCGGACUCAUCCCCGAUGGCUAUGAGAUCGAGGGUCUGAGCCCAAAGUCCGAGCCCAAGGCAACGCCUGCACCGGCGGCAUUGCCGGCCAAGAAGAAGGCCACCUACGUGUACCUCGAGGAGCAGGCCGACGGCAGCUUCAAGAUCCAGGGAGUCAAGGCCAAUGGCGAGAAGGAGACCAAGCAGACUGGAGCGGAAGUCGAGAGCAUUUUGGAGAGGAUCAGGAGCGGUGAGAUCAAGCUGCCACCUUCUGUGUCCCGCCUGACGCUGCCCAACGACGAGCUGGUGGAGAUCAAGAGCGGAAAGAUCAUCCAGACCACCCGUGCCCCACUCACAACGAGCAGCAGCACAACUACCACCACAACGACCACACCGGCUCCAUUCGUAUCCCGCGGCACGCCCAGCAAUCAUCGUCAGUACCAUCCCUCCAGGACAUCGACCACCAGCACAACCACCAGUGCACCCUACACACCCCGCCACAGCCCCAUUUAUGAGAGCAGCACCGCCAAUGCGGCAGCUGCGAGCCUGAUCCGCACCACGCCCGCUCCAGUGUACAGCUCUUCGCCGGUGACCGCUGCUUCGUACCUGGGAGGUGGCUCGGUCUCCACCCACUUGCCGGUGACUGCUUCUUCGUACCUGGGAGGCGGCUCCGUCUCCACCCACCUGCCGGUGGUCACCGAACGUCUCUCGGAUCUGGCCCACACACAGGAUCUGCUGCCACCUGUGCCUCAGUAUGCGGACGCCCUUGUCCAGGAGACCGAGAACACAGAGAAGGCAGCCCAGGCUGGUCCGGGUGUGUCCUCCGUCCUGUCCAAUCCGAGUGAGGAUCUGCUGCAGAUAUUGAAGUCGAAUGGCCUCUUCGCCAUGGCCAAGUACCUCCGCCAGUCGGGCUUGGACAGCAUUCUGAACGAGACCGGACCAUACACCAUCUUUGUGCCCACUGACAAGGCCUUUAAAAAUCUCCUAGUACAAUUGGGUGGACCCGAGCGCGCCGAGGAGAAAUUCCAGUCCAAUCCAAGGCUGCUGAGUGGGCUAUUGCUGCACCAUGUGAUCCCCGGAGCCUUUGAAAUUGCCACGCUGCAAGACGAGAUGACGGGCGUGUCUCUGGCUGGAACGCAGCUCCGCGUCAAUCAGUAUAACAUGCACGACCAGGAGUGGAACGAUGUCACUCUCACUACCAUCAAUGGGGCCAUGGUUGUGCUGAACAAAAAGGAUAUCAAGAUCCCACAGGGAGUGGCGCAUGCCGUGGAUCGUGUUAUGUUCCCACUGCCGGUGGGGGAUCUUCUGCAGACUCUGCAAUCUGAUCGCGAGGGUCGCUUUAGCAACUUCCUCAAGAUCCUAUACACCUCUGGGCUAUCCGAGAAGCUGCAGAGCAAGGGUGUAAAAACGUACACUGUUUUCGCUCCUGUGGACAAGAGCUUCAGCGAAUUGGACUCGGACACGCUGGAGAAGCUCUACAACGACAAGGAAGCCGCUGAGCAGUUUGCCAUGAAGCACAUAGUGCCUGGAGCUCUCUUCUCCGCCGGUAUGCGCUUCUACCAGGUUAAGGACUCGCUGUACACGGGCAAGACCGUGAUUCUGCAGAAGACGUCUGCUGGCAAGAUCAAGGUCAACGAUGCCCAGAUGGUCACAUCGAACAUCCCCGCCACCAAUGGAGUGAUCCAUGCCCUGGACGGCGUUCUUGCGUGAAGAGAUUAAAAACUGUCUAAGGAGAUUAUAUCGGCCUUGUUAUAGCAGUUUUUCGUUUAGCCUUAAGAGUUAGAUUAAGCGAGGAAGAGAAGGAGUCUUCAUCAACCACAUCAAAAAUUGUUAGUGAAAUCUUGCCAACGCCUUGGGAGGACCGAAAAAAUUGCCGUCUUUCGAAAACUGGUGCAAAUCCACAAAGAGACAAAGAAGAUGUACACAAAGAUUUGGUGCUUCCAUGAACUUUCCUGUAUUUUUCUUUUUCGCCUUCAUAAAACAGUCAUUACAAAUAGUUCAAUUUAAGAGAAGAGAAAAAAUGUGUAAAAACCAAGAGUAUGGAAACAGAAUGGGAUCUAAUCUAAGUUCAUAUCUAAUUUAUUAUUUUGGCAUUACAUUAAAUGCAAAUUAAUUUACAAAAUUCUGUAAAAUAAACAAAAUAUA